UUGAGUCUAAAGGUAUACUAGACUCUGAUUCUUCCUCAGACAUCAGCCCAUAAGUGAUCUCUUUUUCCUUUUCCCCCAUGGGCAUCCCUAGUGAAGCCACAACAACAGGGUGGGAACCUAACACUAGGAGACAUCCUCAAACUAAUCUAGGCAACUCCUUUCACAAAAGGAUCUCUCCCUCAGGGUAAGGCAUCAGCCCAACAUUUACUGUCUUCAUCUGACUCAGUGUCUGUUAGCAAAGUUCCCAUUUCCAUGACAACACAUACAGUUGAUUCUGACAUCACAAAGAAGGCCCCUAUAAAAGGAAUCAACUCAACUCAUUUGAGCUACCUUACACUAAGGUCCCCUUUACCUUUACCUGAUCCUUAACCUUUACAUUAUCCUUUACCUUUACCUGAUCCUUAACCUUUACCUUAUCCUUUACCUUUACCUCAUCCUUUACCUCUUUUCACCACUUCUACUACACCAUGGGUUCGCGGUGUAGUACUUUGCUGACAAAAAGAAAAGUGACAGAAUUCAACAGAAGGCUGCCUUCUGGAACAAAAAAUGUUGACACCUCUUUGUCUUAUGGUAGUACCAUCGCCCCAUCAGAUGACUACUUGGUGUUCACGACUGCCUACAACACUUCAGGCUAUAAACAUCAAAUGAGCUUCCCUUGCUUCACAAACAAAUCAUGGAGCUCUUGCUACAAGACCUUCACACUCAGCUUCACUAUUACCAACAUGUUUUACACAACAAAGAUGAGUCAAAAGGAUUCCAGAACAUUCAAGACUGCUGAGCAUAUCCUGCAAGUCCUGCUCAAGGUAUUGUUUCGAAGGAGCAGGCUUGGAUCUCAGUAUUAUGGAUGCAGUGGGAUCUCACUGAGGUCUCUGAAGAACAACAUAGCAACUGCAGUGAAUGUACUUUGCAUUUUUAAGAAGGACUCCUCCAAGCCUGUAGUGAACAAAAAGAAGGUUUACUGGGAGCUGACUGAACAGCUCUACAGAAGAAAUCUAAAACACCUGGUUAUAGAGAAUGAUAGCCUCUUUGUGAAUGGGUAUCACUAUAAGCUGCCAGGAAUCAGAUCCACAAAGAUGCCUGUCACCCUUAUACCAGACCAUGGAGCAUCAGAAGACAUUGAAUCACUGACUAGUGGUCUCUUGAUUCGUGAAUCCACUCUAUGUGCUAUAGGGCUCAGUGCAGAAAGCAAGGGCAGGAUAAGGACCAGAGCUGGAAAAGUAAAGACCACUACAACUUGUAGCCCUGCAGUAAGAACACACUCUGUUCUGGCAACAAUAACAACCCCAACCACUCCCUCUGGUACUUCUUGUUUGGAAAGAAUCACUGUGCCUGCUUCCUCUGCCUUGCCAGAGACAAUGGUAGCACCAGCUGCCUGGUCUGGAGUGAUCAGCCCAUCUAAAACUGUGUUCGUUGCUGAAAUAUCUACCCCACCUGUGGCUGGGACAGGAGGAGGGAACUCCAUAGGUGUUCCUUCAAACCCUGCUAUCCAUGACACCACAGCAUCAACCACAUUCUUCCCCUUGACCAAUGUGCUCCCAGCAGGGUCUACAAGCACUUCAGCCACAAGUCUUUCCAGUGUCAGUAGAGAAGAUCCAAAGCCAAUGACCUCUCUGGACACAGUGAUUUCAGAGACCACAGCAAUGACUACUGCAAAGAAAGGGCUGGCCCUGACUGACUCCACAGCCACAAUGGACAACAGCAGAGGAUCUGAGACUGUGGUUCUGUCCACAAGUGAUUUGCCUACCACCUCAGCCUCCCCUCUCAUUAUCACAAAUAAAGUAUCCACCAGGACCACCAUGACAACUAUUGCAGACACUGCAGCAGGGAGCUCCUACUCCAAGAUUUUCACCCUCAACUUUACCAUCACCAACCUGUUUUACACAACAAAGAUGGGCCACAGAGACUCUGGAACAUUUAAAGCUGCUGAGAAUGUCAUCAAAGUACUGCUCAAGUCUGUGUUUGCAAUGACCAACCUUGGCUCUCACUAUUCUGGAUGCAGUGUGAUCUUGCUGAGGCCUCUGAAGAAUGGGACAGCAACAGGAGUGGAUGUUCUGUGUACUUGUCAGGAAGAUUCCUCCAACCCUGUUCUGGACAAAGAGAAGGUUUACUGGGAGCUUAGUGAACAAAUAUAUAGAAGAAAUCUAAGACACCUGCUUAUAGAGAGAGACAGCCUCUUUGUGGAUGGGUAUAAUCAUAAGAUACCAGGCAUCAGAUCCACAAACAGGCCCAGUGCAGAAAGCAAGGGCAGGAUAAUGACCACAGCUGGAGAGCCAGAGACCAUAAUGACUACAACUUCCAGCCCUGCAGUAAGAACACACUCUGUUCUGGCAACAACAGUCUCAACCACUGCCUCUGAUAUUGACUUGGAAAAAAUCACUGUGCCUGCUUCCUCUGCCUUGCCAGAGACCAUGGUAGCACCAGCUGCCUGGUCUGGAGUGGAGAUGAGCCCAUCUGAAACUAUGUUCAUUGCAGAGGGCUCAACCCUACCUGGGACUGGGACAGAAGGAGGGAACUCCAUAGGUGUCCCUUCACACCCUGCUACCCAUGACACCACAGCAUCGACCACAACCUUCCCCUGGACCAAUGUGCUCCCAGCAGGGUCUACAAGCACUUCAGCCACAAGUCUUUCCAGUGUCAGUAGAGAAGAUCCAAAGCCAAUGACCUCUCUGGACACAUCUGCUUCAGAGACCACAGCCAUGGCUACUGCAAUGGAAGAGCCAGCCCUGACUGAAUCCACAGUCACAAUGAACAUCAGCAGAGGAGCUGAGGCUGUGGUUCUGUCCACAAGUGAUUUGCCCACCAGCUCAGCUGUCCCACUCAUUCCCACAGAUAAAGUAUCUACCAGGACCACCAUGACCACUAUUGCAGACACUGGUCUGGAUGCUGUUAACCAGCCUGAGCUGUCUGAAAUACAAAGUCCACUAAUCGUCACUGAAUUCUCCCAGAAGAGUGAUGCAGGAUUCCCAUUGUCUUCUACUGCAACUGAGGCAACUGGAGCAAUGACCAUAACAUCUUCCACUCUCCUCUCAGGAUUGGGGGAGAGCCAGUCUUCCAUAGGCAGCAUUUCAGGAACAGAGGCCAUCGGAGACUCUCCCACCCUGUUCUCCUCUUUAGAAAGCACCAGUCCUGAGUAUGAGUUGAGCACUGAAGAAGCACUGUCUACUCUGCCAACAGAAAAAUUACUCGAAAUGGUCUCCAGAUCACUUACUAUUAUUUCCAAGAUGCCUUCUAAUGUCACUGCUUCAGCAUCAAGGACAAAUCUCCAAGGGUUGGAAAAUCAACGCAUGUCUACCCUGGAGGCCAAUGAUGACCUAGCAGUAGGCACUGGCCCUGGUGUGGCCUUUACCUCUCCAAUAUCAAAGGGCACAGCUUUUAACAAUAUGGAUAUAGAUGUGGAAACUGCGUCAAAAUUAGCUCCAUGGUCAGCCAGCUCCUCAUCACAAGUAGAAGCCAGUUCUCCCGAUCUGGUUGUCACCACAGGAGAUGAACCCUCACUAGGAAUAGAACCUCACAAUCCCAUUCAUGAAUCUCUGAGUCCAAGGUCAGGAUUCUUUCCUGCCUUAAGUACCUCCAAGACCUGGACAAGCACAGCUUCCCUUGAGGCUGCUACUUCAUUGGAGGACCCAGGGCCAGCCGGCCUGAAUCCAGAGCCUGAGAGAAACCCACAGGCAACACCAACUCCAGCUAUCACCCUGCCUCCAGCCAGCACACAGGAAGUUUGCACAACAGCAUCUCCCAGUCCUCCUGACACAACCACAGAGGGCAGCAGUGUCCAGGCAGGGACAGCCUCUAUUUCUGAUCAAGUGCCUUCCACUUCCAGCCUCUUCCCAAGUGGUGAUGCUGUUGUGGUGCCAGUCAGAAGUGCCCAAAGUCUUAGAGCACCAAGAUGCACAGUAGCACCGAUAAGGAGCCCCCUGACCCCUGUUUUUAUUCCCACAGGGAAUGAGAUUGCUGUAGGGCCCAUCACUUAUAUCCCAGACCAUGGAGAGCCAGGAGACAUGACAUCAGUGACCAGUGGCCUCCUGACCUAUGAAUCCACCCUAGGUGCCAUGGCCAUAAGUGCCACAGAAACCACACCAGAUCCAGACUUGUCAAUGAGACAUACCACACUAGAGCCAGGCUCAGAUGCCCUACCUUCCACUGCUCCCAGCAUUAUUCCAACACCAUCUGGAGAAGACACAAAUACCCCAUUGUUGCCUAUAGAAGGACCAGCAGAAGAUAAAACAGAGUCCAGCACCUUCUCAGCGAAUUCAGACACCCCUGCAAUAAGCCAGAGGGAGCACAUAUUCUUCACAGGUCCUGGAGUAACUUUUCAACCUGACAUGACCUCUACUUCUCUGCUCAAUUUAAGUGAAGGGACUAGUUACUCCAGAACUAUCCCCUCACCCUCUUUAGGGAGUAGAAAAAGCACUGCCAUUAUUGGAGUCUGGACAAGCCCAGCUGAACCUCUCACUCCGGAGCCUAAGAAGCCCACCUCUGCUGAGGGUUCAUUCUCUGUUGGACCAGUGACUGAAUUUAGCAGCAGAGAAAGUGGACAUUUACAGAAUAGCUUGGCCCCCAGCAUCACCCCAGAAUGGGAGACCAGUAGACCCGGCACCACUACAGAGUCAGAUAUCAGCACACUCAUCCCUGGCAAUUUUCAUCCUUCUGGGGGCACUGCUGACCUCAUGUCAAGCCCUGUGGAAGGCUCCAGUCCAAAGCCAGCUGUCUAUACCUCUCCACCCCACACCACAGGUACUACAGGGACAAGGCUGGGAGGAGAGACAGACUCAUACUUGGUGUUGACUACACCAGCACCUGCUGUGUCUAUCAGCAGCAUCUCUGGGGCUCUCCUUGGUACAAGAACAGUGGUUCCAUGGUCUUCAAAUUCAGCUGAAGCUACAGAUCUUACCAUGAAUCGCCUUGAUCCUAUAUCCAUGUUGCCAUCCAAAUUCUCUACUUCAUCUCCUGUAACAUUUUCAGGGGUUACUUACAAGGAUGAAGACAAGAGCUCCAAUGUUCCUGGGACUGACAGCAUAAGUGUCAUCUUCAGCAGCAAGGUCACAGACAGGGUCUCUCUCCAUCCUGAGAUCACUCCUAACCAAAAUCUACUGGGCACAAUGGAAGAGAGCACAGGUGCUUUGCUGACCCCUUCUUUGCCUGGACCUCCUGGGUCUUCAGCUGCUACUAUGGGAGGUGUAUUGAACAUGUCAGGUACCACUCCUGGCUCAACUCCACAGGUGACUUUAGCUUAUGAAAUCUUAACUAGAGACUUAGAGAAGACCUCAGACUUCCCACUGGCCAUGGAAAAUACAACUAAGUCUGUCCCAGCCAAGAUGAUGGGUGAUACCUCCAUGGCUUCCAUGAGCCCAGAUUCUCAAGUGAGUUCAGCAUUGCAUCUUACCACCACAAGUAGGCCCGUGACUCUCCCUGGACAAAGCAUAGUCCUUCUUUCAUCAACCAUAGCUGAAGCUGGGGCUCUCACCCUCACUGGGACAGAUAGCACUCCUACAUGGCAAAGCACACACUCUUCAACUACUAUAACCUCAUCUAAGGUUACCCCCAUGACCAAGAACAUGAGACCAGCUCCCCCCAGGACUGACUCCAUGCACCUAAUUUCCAGCACAAAAAUCAUAGACGUUGUUCCCUUUCCCCGUGUGUUCACUCUUAGCCAUGAGCUCCUAAAUUCAGUGGUAGAGAAUAACACAGAUGCCCCACUGACCACUCCUAAAUCCCCAGUGCUCUCAGACACUUGUCCUGGAGGCUCAUUGGUCACCUCUGCUGACUCAGCUGUCCUGGGGACAACAGCUCAUGGUGAGCCACGUGGAGCAUUAGAAAAAGACUCAACACUUUCUGUGAACACUUUUACCACAAAGAUCAGAGAAAAUACUGUUACAGCAAAAGUGAUAGAAGGUAGCACUUUAGCUCCUCCAAGGAUCAACACAGGAGCUGAAGGAAGAUCAUCUAUUCCUUUUGCUACAAAUCUAGGAGAGAUUCAAAAAAGUUCUAAGGCUGUGACUCCCAGAGACACAAGCCCUUCCUCCCUGUGGCCAGCAGUGACCACAGCGACUCCUUUUGAUAUUGGUUCAAGUCUUGAUGAUGUGACCCAGGCUGAGCUGUCUGAAAUUCAAAGCCCACUGAUCAUCACUGAAGUCCCACAGAAGAGUGAGGCAGGAUUCCCAUUGAAUAUUCAAAGUCAAAGUAUAUCUACCCUGGAGGCCAGUGAUGCAGUAGGCACUGCUCCUACUGUGACCUUUGUCUCUCCACUACCAAAUGUCACUGCUUCUAGCAGCAUGGAUGUCGAUGUGGAAACUGUGUCAAGAUUAGCACCCUGGACAGCCAGCUCCUCAUCACAAGUAGAAGUCAGUUCUCCCAAUCUGGUUGUCACCACAGGAGAUGGACCCUCACUAGGAACAGAACCUCACACUCCCAUUCAUGAAUCUCUGAGCCCAGGGCCAGGCUUAAGUACCCCCAAGGCCUGGACAAGCACAGCUUCCCUUGAGGCUGCUAAUUCAUUGGAGGACCCAGGGCCAGCUGGCCUGACUCUAGAGUCAGAGAGAAACCCACAGGCAACACCAAAUCCAGCUAUCACCCUGCCUCCAGCCAACACACAGGAAUUUCGCACAACAGCAUCUCCCAGUCCUUCUGACACAACCACAGAGGGCAGCAGUGUCAAGGCAGGCACAGCCUCUGUUUCUGAUCAAGUGCCUUCCACUUCCAGCCUCUUCCCCAGAGGUAAUGCUGGUGUGGAGCCAGUCACACAUUCCCAAAGCCCUGGAGCACCAGGAACCACAGUAGCACUGAUAAGGAGCCCCCUGACCCCUGUGUCUACUAUUAUGCCCACAGCAUCAGAGAGCUCCUACUUGAAGGUUUUCAACCUCAAAUUCACCAUCCUCAACCUGUUCUACAUAAAAGACAUGGGUCAAAGGGGCUCCAGCAAAUUCAACUCCAUUGAGGAUGGCCUGCAACACCUGAUCAACUCCUUGUUUAGAAAAAACAGCUUUGGCUCUCACUAUUUUGGAUGCAGGCUGACUUUGUUAAGAUCUAUGAAGAAUAGGACAGCAACAGGAGUGGAUGUCGAUUGUGCUUACCAUGAAGAUUACUCCAUCCCUGUCCUGGACAGAGAGAAGAUUUACUGGGAGCUGAGUGAACAGACCCAUGGAAUAACAAGACUGGGUCCCUACAUGAUAGAUAAUGAAAGCCUCUAUGUGGAUGGUUACAAUCAUUUGGCCGUGGCCCCCACCAAAAUGCCACCAGACCCAGCAGUAGCACCUGGUUGUCCCCUGUGGGCCACAGAGCCUGGAGGCUCCCAAGCUGCCAGCUUAAGCUUCCAGUCUUUCACCACCAUUCCCAAGGUGCUGUACACAGAAGAUAUGCAUCUUUCUGGAUCUGACAAGUUCAACUCCACCAACAGAAUCCUGCAGCGACUUAUGAAGAAUGGCUCAGAAUCUGGAGUGAGUGACCUGUGCACACAUAGGAGAAACCCCAGAAGCUCUGACGGGAACCAAGAAAAGGUUCACUGGGAGCUGAGCAACAAGAAAAAGCACAUCACUAAGCUGGGGUUAUCCUCCUCCCUUGAAAAGGGACAGUCUACUCAAUGCUGAGCAGCACAACAGAAUCCCUUGCCUUUUCCUCUAUCCCCAUGCUAUUUUGACCCCCUCCUCCUAAAUUUCCAUUCUGAUUCUAAACUUAUUAAUCUGUCAAAGAAUCAUUAUUUCUCAAUAACAUUUUAUUAUACCAACCAUGGAAAAUAAACCCUGCCCCUAUCUACUUUCCAUGGAUUUCUUUCA